GUCCGACUGCCCAGAAUGAACAGGAUAUUCUCAGGGUUUUAGAGUCCUUCAAACCUUCUGCUCCCAUCGGUGUCACAUAAUUAGGGUUUUAGAAUCCCACCCAUCUCGCUCUUUCUCACUCUCUGUCACGGACAUGGAGUCCAUUGCCAAACUGAACUACUCUCACCAACCCCUUCACCUCUCACUCAAUCACCACCGUCCGUCAUUCCCAAGAGCCUUUUCUUCUCUCUCUUUCAGGAACCCGCCUACGGCGAUACCUCCAUCAUCACAAUCAUGGCCGUCCAUUUCAUUGGUCAUCAAAGCUUCAUCCUCCACCCCCAAAAAUCCUAAAUCCCAAUUCUCUAAAACCCUGAGCCCCCUCGUCAAAACCACUUGCGCCACCCUCGCCGCCGUCGCGGCGUUGUUCUUCACGCGGUUCCAGCUCAAACCAGCCAUCGCCGCCCCGACCGCUUCGCCCAUGGUGGAGCCCUCGAAGGAGUCGCUGGAUACCGCUUCGUCGGCUGAAGAAAAAGAGAGGAUCAUCGAAGAGCAAUUGGGCCACGACCAGAACGACACCGAAGCUCUACGUUCCCUGAUGGAGGCUAGAAUCAAGGCUCGCAAUUUCAAAGAAGCAAUCCAAGUCCUUGACCGCCUAAUCGAGCUCGAACCCGAAGAGUUCGAAUGGCCGUUGUUGAAAGCCAACCUCCAUAGCUACAUUGGGGAGCUGGAAUUGGCGAGAAAUGAGUUCGAGGAGAUUCUAGAGAGAGACCCAUUGCGGGUCGAGGCCUAUCACGGCCUCUUGAUGGUAGCGUCUGAAAAAUCGGAUGAAGAUACUAUGCAUAAUAUCACAAAGAGAGUUGAGGAGGCAAUGGAGAAAUGCAAUAAGCUGGGAAGGAAGUCAGAAGUAAGGGAUUUCAAUCUCUUGGUCGGGCAGAUUAGGGUUAUGGAGGGCGAUUAUCUUGCGGCUUUGAAGGUUUAUCAGCAGCUUGUGAAGGAGGAGCCGAGGGACUUUAGGCCGUAUUUAUGUCAGGGAAUUUUGAAUACUAUGCUGGGGAAGAAAGAUGAGGCGGAGAAACAUUUUGAGAAAUUCCGGAGGCUCGUGCCAAAAAAUCAUCCUUAUAAGGAAUAUUUUGAUGAGAACAUGUUCGCGACGAAGAGUUUUCUUCAGAAAGUUGAAAAGGAGAGAGCGGGUUCGAAUCGCUGAGCAAAACGGCUAAUUGCCAAUUGGAUUCGAUCCUUAUAUGAUGAUUGGCCGGUUUUACAGUUUUUUUCAGUUAUGGGUUGAGCGUAGUGGUCACGGAUGGGUAUAGACUCGGACAUCCUGGGUUUGAUUCCACACUAGGAUUUCCUUUGGAUUACUUGAUAUACAGUUAUGGGCGUGUUGUCAUAUAUACGAGGUUUACUCCUCAUGUGUAGGUUUGAAGGUCCUGCCUUGACAAGGUUCUGAUCAUCAAAAAAUUUACAUGUGCUAAGCUUUUGAGUAAAUGGCUGUAGCAGUUGUACAGACCUGUUGAGGUCCCUAAUGGGACAAGUAAACUUGUGAAUAUGUCACAUGUUUAUACACACGAUUUUUAUAUGAUUAUUUAUAUAAAUGCAUUCAUGAUUUCCCUAAUGGGACAAUCAUGUGUAUGCGUGAUUUUUAUAUGGUUAUGUAGAUAUCCCAUGUCUUGGGUCUACUUAUUAAAGGAGAUUCUCAUCUGCAAGUGAGGAGAAGUGUUAGAUUAUAAAUAAAGUAAUUAACUUCACACAUGCAUAAAUAAAAUUACAUACAGGUCCUGUGACAUGGUGAGCAUGUUACCUGGCUCGCUAUUACUAUAGCUGUUUACAUUUUUUUUAAUAUUAUAUCUAUAAAGAAUAAUUAAACUCACACAUUCCUCUCAAUUUAAGCUUUUGGUACAUAUGAUAAUUUGACAUAUGCAAAUUAAUGUUUUUUUUAUUGGCACUGGGUGUCCGACAACUAAUCCUGGGGGUGCACAGACCUUCGGUAAGAAGUUUCCUGCAAGUGCAUCUUGGGUAAUUUAAGGGAAAAAUCCCCUAGUCCGAUGGACCCUAGAGAUUGUUUGCACCUAAGAGGAUUUGAACCCUAGGCCUUGGAAGGAGCAUACCACCAAUACCAAGGCCUUUACCACUUGAGCCAACCCCUAGGGGUUCAAAUCAAUAUGUAAGAUAAGCAAAACAAGGUAUCUCGCCCGACCCCCCUCUCAAAUGCCGGGGAGGGGACCUUGGAAUCCUUUGCUUAAGCAUAGUCCUAAUAGUACCCACAGGCCACAUCUGCUAGGAAGCUUGCUUGUAAUGGGCUUUUAGCGCGGGGUUGAACGACAAAUUAAUGGUUCUUGCUCCUGCAUUUUAUGCAUAUAGACUCGGCCAUUAGGUUAUUUGGAAACUUUUUUUCCCCUUAUAGUGCGUCUCUUGUUCCUGCUGUUACUUAUUUUCUUUUUAUAAGUAAUAAUUCUACAUUAAUAAGCACAAAACUACAUAGGAAGUAUCCAAAAGAGACGCCUAUCUAGAAGAAGAUAAAGGUACAAGAAAGCCAUGUAGAUAGCCCAUUAAAGUCUCUGGAGACAGUCCAAGAUAAAAGAGUACUGAUAAAAAAUAAUGUGUUCAGCUCAAGUCUCUGCUGAUUACUGAUUAGGUGGUACAAUUGUGGCAUGCAGAGAAAUCAUGGACAAAUUCUGUUUUUGGUUGCACAUUUGUGGUUAUGUCGUGUCUUUUUCCUCUUUUAUGUGGUACUUUUAUCUGCAAGGUUUGUGGUUGGUAGUGUUGAUUCGAUGAAGAAGCUGCAUCUCUUGGGAAGACUUGAAACAAGAGUUAGAUAAGACAAUUGAACCUUAACACCUGAAUGAUAGGAUGUUAAGACGGUUCUCCACCUUAGACUUCAUCAUUAGUUGUCCACCUGAAUGAUAUAUUUCUAUCCUUGCAAUGCUGUCUAUUUAGCUUGAGCAAGUCAUUUGGGUGCUUUUCCCUUGUGGUUAUUCAACUGAAUGCAAACAUUUUGAUUUCCUUGCUUGUGUUGUAAAAUUAGACUUUAUCAUUAGUUAGUAAUAUGAAGGUCAUAUACCCACGACCUUCAUAUUAAUUUUUUGGUUUCAUUAUCAUAGUUAUUGUGUCAUAUACCCACGACCCCACGUCCUUAUGAACAUUAGUGGCAAGAUCAAAUAGUUCCUUACAAAUAAACAUAGGCAUAAAAUGCAUUCCCCUACUUGACAGCCUAUUCAACAUGUCUCACUUUUUUUUUUUGAUAAGUCAACAUGUCUCACUUCUUUUACUUAUUAUCAAUUGUAAUUGAGCGUCACAGCUACAUAUUUGUAUGAGUAUAUUCUAUAAUAUGCAUUGAUGAAUAUGUAACACAACACCCACCUACCCACACAGAUAUGUAUCUGUAACUGACCAACGCUUGUGAAGAGUGGAAAGGAAGCAAGCUUAACAUGGCCUAUUUUUGCAUAAACUGUUGGUGAUAAGAAGCCAAAGAUUGGCAUUAAUAAACCCUCUCCUCUUGGCAUAGACCAUUUCUGCCCGGUAUACCUCCCUUCCGGUCUAAAACAACACUGCAUUUUGCUUAUGCUGAUAUUUCUGCACAGGUUUAGUUGAUUGUGGCCCUUAAAAUAAAAGAACUGUCUCACAUUUGCGCAGCAGGUAAGAUAGAUGGAUCCGUUUUGUUUGCCGGCUAAGAUAAUUAAUGAUUAGGCAUGUUCUAUUGUGUCUAUCUUGCUGAAUUGUAAAAGGUGUUUGGGGCAGAAGAUUAUUGGGAAUCUCAAUCCCUGAUCUGAAAAUUUUUCUAGUAUCCCUUGAACAUGUGAGAAGUAUAUACUCUUUUUUAAUUGUCUAA